AUGGAGGGCUUUGAUACCAUGGCUAUGCCUUACCUGGCCAGCCCGUUAUCGCUGGGCAAUAUACAGAGCACCGAUUACCUCAAUUCAAUGUCCGGCAUGGACCUACCUGAACAACGUUCUAAUUUCGACUCUGAAACAUUCGUGAGUGGGGACGACAUCGCAUUUUCUCAACAUGCGUUACCUCCCGCAUCGUUGAAGAGAUUUCCCUCUGGUUAUGAGGAUCCAUUCACAGACAUGGUCGCACCGUUCGAACCUGCGCCGCCCGAGCAACCUCCUGAUUCUAUAGAUCAUAACAAUAAACUGCUGAGCUUCUCCAUGCCUGCGUACGGCUUCACUCUAUUAGAUUACUCUCUACGCCGCACCUCAAUAUCGCUCUCUGCUCAGCUGCACGGCAUGUUUUUUCUUGCAGAAUCGCCUUGGACUACAUCUCCUACCGAGAAUGCCCCGCCUCAGCAAGGAGCGGAGCUGACGUGCUACCGCCGCAACCUAUUUCAGAUAACAGGGUCUGUUACCCUCCCACGGAGCUUACGCUACAUAAUGACGGAGCAAGGCGAUCGGAUCCCUAUCCUGGCUCAAGAACUCGCUGUGUCUGCUACUGAGUCUGUUGAAGGCAAUUCCGUCAAGAUUAUCUCGGUCCCUUGGAAGACUCCCGCCACUAAUGUGAAUCCCUCGGCUGAAGAUGGGAACAAUAAUUCUAGCGGGAACGGUGGUAACCCUAAUAGCAACAAUCCUACUAUUAAGGUUGAAAAGGAGCCACCUCCGAUUCCACUAGAUAUCAUGGCUGGACAAGACCUUGAUACUGACUACGCCACCUUCCCCAUUGCCUGGAAACGACUCCAAUUCCGCGUUGCUACUGCGAAUAAUGGACGCAGAAAGGAGCUUCAGCAGCACUUUGUUAUUCGCUUGAAGGUUGUAGCUACGCUGUCCACCGGUGCCAAGAUACCAGUCUGCGAGGUGCAGUCGGGCCCCGUCAUAGUCCGGGGGCGGAGUCCACGCAACUUUCAGUCUCGCAAGGACCUGCCAUUGAGCAACAGUGCUGCGGCGUCGCGGAAAAGCGCACAAGCCGCUCAGUCGGCUGCUGUUAACCGAACCACAACCGGCGAUCCUGCGGCUAAGGCCAAAGCCACAUUGAAGAGCAGUUCCCCAGAGACGUCUACCUCACAAGGUGGUGUAGUUGGACAACAAGCUUCACCGGAUUGGGCGCAAGUGCCGCCUCCCGUUGGCGGUGCGCAUCCCUCGACGACUUUGCCUCACUCGACAGUAUAUACUCAGUCUAGCCCGGAGUUCUCGCGGCCAACAGAAGCCCAACGACAUCCAGCUGCCGCCCCCAUCAAUCUAUCUCUCCUCGAAGAUGAUGAUGGUAAUGAUUCGGCUAACCCGGCUGAUCCGGCCAGGCCGGCGGCCUCAUAUACAAACGAUAUGUCUCACAAGCUUAUGAACAUGGAUAAUUCUGCAGCGCCCCCGGCCAAAAUGCGCAAGUUGUCUCAUGGCUUGCCCGAAACACAAUCCCGAAGCUCGUCCUCUUUGCCUUUACUGAAUACUGCCAAUAUGCAGCAGCCCUUCGCUUCCACGCUCCCAUUUCCAAAUGAGAGUGCCGACUUAUUAUAUGAGUAUUUUCCCUUGGGCUUGGAUGAUUGGCAAGCACCCGUCGAUGCAGUAUAUCGACCACAUGUAGUGCAUCACACAAACUUACCUGAAGUGAAAUUUGUUGCUGCGCGCGGACGAAGCAAACGGUAUUUCGCCGCAGAAGAUGUCUUUUGA